AUGGUGUCCAAUGGUCAGGCCAAUGGCUAUGUCUCCUUGAAGACCCCAACAUACCCCAGCAACUGUCUCGAAUUCUUAAAUGACCCAUUGGCAGUCGAGAAGGCCAUCCCUGCAAAGGUUCCCCUAAACAUUAUCGUCGUCGGUGCCGGACUCGGCGGACUAGCAACAGCCAUUGCGCUCGCAAGUUCCGGCCACACUGUGACUGUGUACGAGCAAGCACAGAAGCUCGGAGAAGUUGGCGCCGGUAUCCAAAUCCCAUCCAACUCAACUCGCCUCCUGAGCAGACUCGGCCUGGACCCGUACCUGAAAGAGUAUGUGACCGAGCCCGAGUCCAUUUCUUUCCGACGCUGGCAGUCAGGAGAUGUCAUAGGCCUCACCCGACUCAUCCCGAACUUCCGAGAACAGUUCGGCGCACCAUACUAUGUGAUCCACCGCGCAAACUUUCAUUCUGCGCUGCAUAAACGCGCCCUGGAUCUGGGUGUUACGGUCAAGGUCGCUUCGCGGGUUGUUGGAUAUAAUAUCGAGGGACCAAGCAUUGUUCUUGCGAAUGAUGAAACUGCUUCGGCUGACUUGAUCGUUGCCGCAGAUGGUGUUAAGUCGGUUGCUCGUGGAACUCUCGAUAAGAGUGACAAUCCUGCAUUCGAGAAGACUGGGUUUGCAGCUUACCGGGCUACCGUGGAUGUGGAGCGCAUUAAGGAAGACCCGGAGCUUUCCUGGCUGUUGGAAAAGCCGGCUCUCAAUAUCUGGAUUGGUGAUCAGCGGCACGUAAUGACAUACACCAUUGGAGCCGGCAAGUCUUUCAAUAUGGUUCUUUCGCAUCCAGAUGACAGUGAUCCUGCAACCUGGGAUCAGAAGAAUACCCUCAGUGACAUGAGACGCGAGUUCCAAGGAUGGGAUACCCGGCUUGAGAAGAUUAUAGGUCUCAUCGAGAAAACCAUCAAAUGGCCACUGAUCAGUGGAGUCCCACUACCUCGCUGGGUAAAUGGCAAGGUUCUAAUACUAGGAGAUGCAGCACAUGCAAUGCUGCCUUACAUGUCGCAGGGCGCGGCAAUGGCCGUUGAAGACGGCGCAGCACUAGCACGAUCCCUGUCCAAAAUCGCGAACGCCAAAGAUAUCCCAAGAGCAUUACAUAUAUUCGAGCAGGUCCGCAUUGAACGAGCUGGAAUGAUGCAGGAGGCGAGUCUUCUGAAUGGGAAGCUGUGGCAUUUCGCCGAUGGGCCGCUUCAGGAAGCUCGUGAUGCGGCUAUGAAGCCCGAGACUAUGGGUCUGCCUUUCAGUCACAGUCCUAAUCAGUGGAGUGAUCCGGCGACUCAAAUAUGGUGCUAUGGAUAUGAUGCCGAGCAAGAGAUUGAUCGAGCUUGGACGAAGUCGGAAUUGUAG